UCCGCGCAGGGAGCGCAAGCCGACCUCCGUUUGCCGGUAUUGCAGUGUUGCAGAGGGAAUAUUAAUUGAACGGAUUCAUUUUCUUUGCCCCGUGGGUAUCUUGCACAUUCUGAGAUAAACAGCCUACAUACUCCUAUGCCGGGAAAUAUAAUUUAUAUGUCUUUGUAAAUAAUUGUCGGCGUAAUGUGGUCCACAGAGGAACAGCAAUAGCCUAUGACUGAAAUGUUUUUUCAGGACGCGGAUCUUGGUGGAAACUAACUGCAAAAUUCCUCAAUGUUUUUAUUGGCAUCUUCGGCUCUGUGUGAUAUGUGUUUCAUGUGUUUACGCGCAACAGUGAGGUAGACUUCUCUUCCAUUCCGUUUUGGAAACGGAUGCGAGGGAUCCGGACCUGGGUGAUUUAUUUGGUGGUGCGGGGGCAGGGACCCGUGUCUGAGCGCUGCAUGAGCAGCGAGUGGCAGGGCAUGAUGUGUCAAUUUUUUCGUAAAUGGAAGUCCGUGCGGCGCGUUUGGAUUAUUUCUCCAGAGAUGCUCCUGCUGCCUAUGUUUUGGUUUUUAUCUCAGGCUCGAGCGGCACCCUCUCUGACGGCUGAGCAGAUGGACAUGGGGGUGGAUUGGCUGAGUAAGUAUGGGUACCUCCCGCCCCCUGACCCAGUGACUGGACAGCUCCAGACCAAGGAGGCCCUGACCAAAGCCAUCAAAGCCAUGCAGAAGUUUGGAGGACUGGAGGAGACUGGGGUGCUAGACCAAGCUACCCUGGGCCUGAUGAAGACCCCGAGGUGUUCUCUCCCAGACCUGUCUGAGACGGAGGUGAUGGUGGGACGCAGGAGACGAGCUCUGGUCGCCCAGAACAAGUGGAGCAAGAGACACCUCUCCUGGAGGAUACGUACCUUUCCUAAGGAGUCUCCUCUGUUGGGUCGAGAUACGGUACGGGCUCUCAUGUACUACGCUCUCAAGGUCUGGAGUGACAUCUCCCCCCUCAACUUCCAUGAAGUGGCGGGCAACGAUGCAGACAUCCAGAUCGACUUCACCAAGGCUGACCACAAUGACGGGUACCCCUUUGACGGGCCGGGGGGCACUGUGGCACACGCUUUCUUCCCCGGAGAGAGGUUCACGGCAGGGGACACCCACUUUGAUGAUGAUGAGGCCUGGACCUUCAGAUCACCAGACUCUCACGGGAUGGAUCUGUUUGCGGUAGCUGUGCAUGAGUUUGGUCAUGCUAUUGGCCUGGCCCACACUUCAGCCAUAGAGUCCAUCAUGAGGCCGUACUACCAGGGCCCUGUGGGGGACCCACUCAAGUACAACCUCCCCUAUGAGGACAAGGUCCGUGUCUGGCAGCUCUACGGGGUGAGCGAUUCAGUGUCACAUACGGGCCAGCCAGAUGACCCCUCCCAGACUGCUGACCCACCUGUACUACUGGACCUCCCUGAGAACAGAUCUACUGUCCCGCCAGCACGAGAUUCCCCUGACAGGUGCACCAGUCACUUUGAUGCAGUGGCCCAGAUUCGCGGGGAGGCCUUCUUUUUUAAAGGGAAGUAUUUCUGGCGUCUGACGCGGGAGAAGCACCUGGUGUCUCUGCGUCCAGCUCAGAUCCACAGGUUCUGGAGAGGCCUGCCUACCAACCUGGACAGUGUGGACGCUGUCUACGAGAGACCUGGGGACCACAAGAUAGUCUUCUUCAAAGGACUAAAGUAUUGGAUAUUCAAGGACAACAACGUGGAGGAGGGUUAUCCUCGGCCAAUCAGUGACUUUGGCCUGCCCAUGGAGGGCGUGGACGCAGCCUUCGUGUGGCUCCACAACGACAAGACCUACUUCUUCAAGGACAACCACUACUGGCGCUAUGAUGACCAUCUACGGCGUAUGGAUCUGGGCUACCCCAAAGACAGCACACUGUGGAAGGGGGUCCCGCCCCAACUAGACGACGCCAUGCGAUGGUCGGAUGAUUCCUCAUACUUCUUCAAGGGGAAGGAGUACUGGCGCGUGGUUGGCAGUGAUAUGGAGGUGGAGGCUGGGUACCCACGGCCCAUAGGAAAGGAUUGGCUGGUGUGCACAGAGAUGCAGUCGGACUCCCCAGCCACAGAGGCCAAUAACACAGCUAACACGCGGCUACAUGGGCAGCACCACGCCGACCAUGCCGAAAAUGGCUACGAGGUAUGCUCCUGCACUUCUGACUCUGCUUUACCCCUGGGAGCCAGGCCCUCACCCUCCCCCCUCUGGCUGCUCACCCCUCUCUUGACUCUCUCAGUGGUACAAUCCUACGUCCCUCUAUGAUGGCAGUAGAGGUGAGCAGCCUCACUCUGUGACAUGAAGUACAGCAGCCAAUCUGAUGAGAGUGGGGAAGUGGCUUAAGGGGUACUGUCAGACCAGCUCCACCGUCCGACAAAACGAUGACUGGAGGAAUUAGCUGUUAUUGUUAUUAUUAUCUUAAUUGGGAUCCUCAGUGUUUAUUUGUUUUUUUUUGUGUUUUUGUUAUUUAUUAUAUUCAAUGGAUCAACUUGCUUUUAAACUAUUUAUGUUAAAAUUAUGAUAUUGGAUUGAAUUAGAAAUGUGAUAACAUGACAAAUGGAAAUAGUUUGUCAAUUUGAUUAUAGUUAUGAUACGUUCACAGCAAAUUAGUUCCUCUGUGACUAAGCAGUCUAGCAAGAGAGUGGUACUCUGGGAUGCCGCACGCCCUGUCCCCUUGUUCCUGCAAUCACUAUAAGUGCUUUAAGAACCCUCGCACAUACACAGACCACUCCAUGUGCAGUUUCUAUGGACUGAGCUAGCUGGGAAAUAAUGUUCUGUGUCUGCUCACUCGCUCAAAUGGUCUGGUCUGGCCGGAUGGACACUACGCUCUCAUUGGACAGCUUGCUCUCUCACUGACUUUUUAAUGUCAAGACUAUCUGGAUGGAAUGGACACUACUUCCUGUAAUGACACUGACUGUCCUUCCUUGACUGCACUCACGUGCCCUUUUGUGACCUUUGCACCUGUAUCUUUCUUUUUUUUCCUCAGCUCAGUAACAGUAGCACCUCCUGCCGUUAUCAGAGAGGGUAACCUGUUAGUAUUGAUUAUUAGGACGUAUUUUUGUAAUAAACACAGAGGGAUUGUGGUUGAGCCCUACUCUGG